GUGUCUCUAUACUUUUUACCAUUGUAGCUUCAUUUAAUCCUGGAGUCCGUUGUUUUCAUGAAAUGGUUCAUAUUGGAGAUAAGCUUUUUUUUCUUGGGGGUUAUAAUAAUAAUCACUUAAAGGACUUUUUUUAUUUGGAUUUAUCUAUUUCUUUUCAUAAAGAUAUUCCACCAUGGUAUAAUCUUGAUUUUCGUGAAAUUCCAAUCGGCGUUUCUAAGGCAGCAGCAAGUUUCGGUGGUUUUGAUGGUGCAACGAUUUUUCUAAUGGGCGGAGAAAGAAGCGAUUCAGGAAGUCAUUAUAUUUAUAUGUUUAAUACCAAAUCUUUUACUUGGGAAGGUUUUUCAUCCGACAUUAGUAUUAUUGGACGGUUUUGGGAUACAAAAGGAGUUACUAACGAUAAAGGAAGAAUAUAUUUUUAUGGUGGAUUGUCAUCUGGCUGUAAUAGGCUACAGAUUUUAGAUCCCUUAAAUUCUUCAAAAAUGGAUCAUUAUACAUGGCCUAAAAGUCCUCUACGUUAUGGACAUUCUGUCACAUUAUUAUCUAAUGGAGUUAUUGUUAUCAUUGGAGGACAUAUUUUGUUUUAUGAUACUUAUAAAAACACUAUGGGAUAUUUGGUUGCUCAAGGAAUUUCACUUUCAGAACGUGAACGCCAUACAGCAGUAUUAACAAAUGAUGGCAGAAUAAUUGUCUAUGGUAAAUUUAAAAUGAUUAACGAUGAAGAUUACAGCCGACACACUUAUUUAAUGGAUGUAAGAAAUUAUACUUGGGUAGCAUAUUUUCAUCCAGAAAGAAAUGUCGUAACUAUCACACAAGGAUGUAAAAGUCCUGGACCACCUGGUCUUAGGACAGGAUGGAUCAGACCUGGUCCUGUAAGACUGGUCCUAGGACCAGUUCAGGAACUAGUCUUUAUAUUCAAGAUCAGUCAUUCAUUCAAGACCAAACCUUUCAAUUGGGGACUUUAUCAAAUAGAUAGAAAUUCUGCAAGAAUGAUAUGGGCAGCAAGGCCUUCUCCAGAUUCACAGGAUGGUCAUUAUGAACAUUAUCUUUUGGAAUUAUUGUCAUCAUUGGAGGAUAUGUUAAUGCUAAAAGUGGGAUUGAUAAGAAUAAUAGUUUAUGGUGGAAUUAAAAAUGAUUCUUUUGAUCAUGAUUUAGUAGUUUUGGAUGCUAACUUUCAACCUUUUAAAUGGUCAAUGCAAUUUAAUAAUCAUCCUCCAUUAUAUGGAUUAUAUGGUCAUUCUGCUAAUAUAGUUGGAGACUAUAUGAUUUUUUAA